AUGAGACCUGCAAACCUGGUACCGUUCAAAUAUGAGGAGAUCUCUGUCGGUGCGAUUAAGCCACGCGGACGGGUAAAAGACCAGCUUCACCUCGCUGCUCAUGGACUGGCCGGUCAUAUGUUCGAUUUCUACCGCUAUGUGAAGGACAGCUCCUGGCUUGGCGGCACGGAAGAAUAUAGUCAGAUGAACGAAGCAGAGCCCAACUGGUAUAACGGCCUUGUACCGCUGGCAUAUACUCUGGGCGAUGAGCGACUCAAAACUCAGGUUAACCAGUUUCUAGAUUACGUGCUCAUCCACCAGGCCGAGGAUGGCUGGUUAGGACCGGAGACCAGCAAAGAGACUUGA